AUGUCGAAAGGCAGUGUCCCAACUCGGAAGCUUGGCAAGGAUGGCCCCGAAGUCCCGGCUAUGGGCUUUGGCUUGAUGGGACUGACCGGGAUUUAUGGAACUGCACCUGAUGAAGAGGGACUGUUCAAACUUUUGGACAAAGCUGCUGAGAUUGGCUCAACAUUUUGGGACACGGCGGACAUCUAUGGAGACACCGAAGAACUGGUAGGAAAAUGGUUCCAGCAUACUGGGAGACGAGAGGAGAUCUUCCUUGCAUCCAAGUUCGGUAUUAUGAUGGAAGGAUUACAAUUCAAGGGAAUCAAUAGCUCCGCAGACUACUGCAGACAGCAGUGCGAAGCAAGUUUGAAACGUCUCAACACAGAUAGGAUUGAUCUCUACUAUGCCCAUCGUCUCAAUCCCGAGACACCUAUUGAGGAAACCAUGAGAGCUCUGGCACAACUGCAGUCGGAAGGAAAAAUCAAACAUAUCGGGUUGUCAGAAGCAGGCUCAGACACACUGCGCCGUGCCGUCAGGAUCGCACCCGUUGCUGCCGUCCAGUUAGAAUACUCACCCUUUGUGCGUGACAUUGAACAGGAGUCCAGCUCCCAUGUUUUGCAGACUUGUCGCGAGCUGGGUAUUGCUGUUGUAUGCUUCUCACCUCUCGCACGCGGAUUGCUCACGGGAAAAUGCACUCCAGAAUCCCUUUCUGACAGCGAUAUCCGGGCCAAAUGGUUUCCUUGGUUUCAGCCAGAAAACUUCAGCAAGAAUUUCUCUAUUGUCAACCAAUUCAAGGCAUUUGCUGAUCAGAAAGGAUGCACUCCUUCCCAACUUGCGCUUGCCUGGCUACUCCAUCAAGGCCCGGACAUCAUUCCGAAUCCCGGGACCAAGUCUAUCAAGUAUUUGGAAGAGAAUGUGGCCGCAUUAGGUGUCAAAUUGACCCCAGACGAAACAAUCGGGAUUCGAGCAUUUGUGGAAAACAACGACGUGGUCGGAUACCGCUCGACGCCUGGCAGCGAAUACUUCGCUUAUGUCACUACCAAGACCGAGCAGUGA